AUGCCCUCCAAGAUGAAGUCACGCCCUCAAGUCUACCCUCGACUGGCCUUCCACAUCAUCCGCACGAUUGCCUUCAUCAGCGCCUCGAUCGUCAGCGGGAUUCUGAUAUAUUUCUGCAUUCAAUUGCGGCAAGAUGGGUUUAAGUUGCCUUGGACGUUUAUCAUUGUCCUCGCCGCGAGCCUCCUCUCUCUCCUAUGUCUCUUUCUCACCGCGUUCCUGCACGCCUGCUUCUUCCUCUCGCCGCUGUUCAAUUUAAUCCUCAACGUCACAAUCCUCAUCAUCUGGGCAGUCGGCUACUGCCUCUUGACAUGGAACAUGUACGGAACAUUGGGCCACAGCUGCUCUCGAGCCAACUGGGCCUCCGACGACGGGAUGAUGAUCUGCCGCACCUACAAGGCGUUGUAUUCCUUUGAUGUGUUUGGGCUGCUCGCUCAGAUUGCCCUGAUUGUGUUGGACGUGAGGAGCCGCCGCGCGCAGACCAAGCUGGGGAAGUACAACAAGAUGGCUGCCAUCGCCGCGAGAGGCGGCGGGGACGUAAAAUUGGACGAUCUGAACAACGAGCAGUCGAGGUCCGGGAUGCACAGCCAUGCGAAUUCGCAGGACACGCUCCACUACGGAACCGGAGAUUACAGCGCUCAUCACGGCGCCAACGACUCGCGAUUAGGCUUGCGGGACAACGCAGCAGACACAGACUAUAGCCACAGCCAUUCGGGACACGUCAGGAUGGACGAUUUCAACAAUUCCACCACCAGCGGUUUCAACUAUAAUGCAUAUACGCCGCACGCGCACAACAUGGGGUACGGGAAUGGUGGGUAUGGAUACGAGCCGCAGCGAUGA